CUUAAGAGACGCUGGAUAGGACGGGUCAAGACUUAGUGAUAAGAAUCUUAAAUCACGUUAAUAAAUAACAGCAAUUGUUUAUGUAAUAUGUAAACAUUGUAAAUACAAUAUUUAAAUUUGCAUGCGUUAACCGCCACAUUAUGUUUUUCAACUUUCAAAAAACAAUAAAUUAUACACGUAAGUAGAUUCAUCAAUUGAAUUUCAUUAGUACUAUUAAAACAAUCAUAAUGGAUGACUUCAUCAGACAAACAUUAACAAUUUCUGUUGCUCAAAUAUGCAAUAACAUUGGGUGGCAUUCUAUAACAGACUCUUCGAUGAAAAUUUUGACUGACAUUCUUCACCACUACAUCAGUGAUUUGUCUAUAACUUCAAAAAAAUACGCUGAACAUGCAUAUAAUGAUGUACCUGAUGUUGAAGAUGUAGAAAAAGCCUUUCGUCAGAAAUCUAUAUCAUUGACUGAAUUACGUAGAUAUGUAAAAAGUACAGGUCCAGUUAAAUUUCCUCAUAAUUUACCUCUAUUAAAUAUACCAGGAAAUAAUGUAUUAAAUACACUGAAGCCAGGAAGUAGAGAAACUGUAACUAGACCUAUUCAUAUUCAUGAACAUCUUCCGACAUUAUAUACAGAACAAAUUGAAGAAGAGCAAACUACAGAUACAGAACAAAUUCAAAACAGAAUUGUAAAUAUUAAACAAGAACCAGAAGAAAUUAUUUUACACAGGCGAUUAAGAGAAAUUUCAAGUGUAGUCAUGACGUCUGGUGGGUUUUUAUCACCAUCUAGAGAAGGCAGAUUAGCAGACUCUAAAUUAUUGCCAUUCCCGGAAAUCAAAAUCGAAAAACCACUCGAAACAUCUAAACUAUCUAUAAUUUUACCUAAUUUAACAAAAGAACCAUCACAAAGGAUUUUAACAAGCAAAAAGAAAACUAAAUCAGGAACAAAGAAAAAAUCUAAAGGUUCUAAAACACAAAAUGUAAUUUUACAACCAAAAGAACAAAAAUUAGAAGUAUUAAAAAAGAAAAAGAAACCAAAGGAAGAAAAAAAUGUUGUGGCAGAAUCACCACCUCCUAUUCCAGAACCCAUUAUAGACGAAAUAAUUGAUAUUGUAAACAUACCUGAAAAAGAACAGGUUCCAAAAAAGGUUAUUCUUACACCUCAUGCUAAUAAAGUAAAAAUGGAAGAAGUUUUACCUAAAUUUUCAUUUUUUGGUCCUUUACCUCCUGGGCCUGGAUUAAUACCAACUACAUUUCCUCAAAUAAUUAAUCCUGUAAUUAAUGUACCUGAUAUAAUAGAAAAACCAGCCAGUCCAGUAUUAAAAAUUGAAAAUGAAGAUAUUAUUCGCAAAGAACAAAAGAAAAAGAAAAAAGAAAAAAAGAAAGAGAAAAAAGAAAAAAAAAAGCAAAAAGAUAAAGUAAAGGAAAAAGUAAAAGAGAAAGAAAAAGAAAAAGAGAAGAAAAAAGAAAAAUCAAAGUCCACCAAUAAAGUGCCAAAACUAAAAUUUAGAUUUGGUUCUCGAUUAGAAACUACGACAAAAGUUUUGCCUGUUGAGAAACCGCCAGAAACAAAUAUAGCUUUAGUCUCAGAACCUGAACCAAUGGAAGUUGAAGUGGACAUUGAAUCAAAAUCAGACAUUUCUAUAGAUAUAUUACGUGAAAUUGAUUCUCCUCCUAAAGUUCCUAUUCAAAAAAUUAAAACUAAAAUUGUUGCAAAACCUAUUCAGCCAGUAGUUAUAACUCCUGUGAAUGAAACUCCUCCUCCAGCAUUCUAUUUUGAUGAAGCCGGUAAUCAAGUAUGGAUAUGCCCUAUGUGCACUAAACCUGAUGAUGGAAGCCCAAUGAUUGGUUGUGAUGGAUGUGAUGUAUGGUACCAUUGGGUGUGUGUUGGUAUUCAGUGUCCUCCUGACUGCGCUGUUUGGUAUUGUCCCAGAUGUUUGGCUAAACGAGCACAACAACCAAAAGGUAAAAGAGGUAGACCACGUAAAAACAAAUGAUAGUAUUAAUGGUUACAUUAAUUGAUUUAACUUUACAUUUUUGUAUUAGCUUUAAAAUGUUUGUAUAAUUGUAUUUAAAAAUCAAUUUUGUAUGGUAAUUAUUUAAAUUUUUAUUCACUUUUAUUUUACAUUUAAUUUUAAUUAAAUGUUAAGUUAUUUACUCUUCCAAGUUAAAGUUCAUUAAUUUACAUAUGAUAUUAUUAACAGUAAUUUGACACUUAUUUUUAUGUAUAAAUUGAUCUCAAGU